AUGCCCUCCUUUCCCUCUCGACCGCUCGUUAGAGCUCGGGAUGAUGGAUUGCAACUAAGCUACCAGCUCCCUCACCGCGUUUACGCCGCGCAAGGCUACCCAAUUAUUGCUCCUAAUGGCUCCUCUGUUGUUCUCUAUGGCCAUGAAGACGGAUUGAAGGUUAUUUGGAGGGGAGGACGCCCGUUUUCGAACCAAAAACCACAGCUCCCGAAAGAGGAUAAGCCGCCAAAGCCCAGCCGUAACAAUGACGACGCCAUCAUGAUUGUUGACUCCGAUGAUGAGAGUGUGACCGAUACGCGGAAAGAUGAGGUGUCGGAGAUUGAUCCAGGGUAUUUAUUUGAGGAGGAGGACCCCGAGGUCGACCCUGCCCAUCCUUAUGAAAGUGUUCUACGCCAAAUCGACAUACCCCUUGGAAGCAGGGUCAUUGAGCUUGCUGUUCCGCGGGUUCUUCGCGAAACCGCGCGCUCACCCCUCGACCCGUUUCCCGGAGUUCUAAAUAAAUUCAUUGUCGUGUCCGCCGUCUGUGCAGACUACUCGACUCGUGUUGUCACGCUCCCCUUGACUCCCCAUCCAACUCAAACUGAGAUGGAUGCGUGGGGCAUCCAGACAUUUUCGAUUAGCGGGGGCGUCGCCCAUGAAGAGGUUCCACGAGGUGUGAGUAUCACAUUUACUUACCAGGAGGGCUCGCAACAGGACGUCAGGAGCGAGGGAAGAUGGGAUAUUCUCGUCGCGACACAUUCCGCGGAAUCAUCUGGCCUACUUGUAAUCCAUCGAAUUCCAAUUGCAGACGACGGAACUCUAUUCACAGAGGACAUUGAGUCGAGGCGACGCUAUUUACCGGCACCGGCACAGAACAUAGCCUUCAACCCAUCAAGCUACCCUGCUGCGCGGCAUUCGACCCUGCUGGUCUCAUUCCAUUCCGGUUGUGUCAAGGUGUACUCCUGUUUCUCCACAAAGCCAUCGAAGUCAUCGCGAAGGGGGGCCGGAGCUCAAAGCGACUAUGAGACCUCCGAGACAGAGGGGAAAUGGCUGAUCACCCUUUACCCUGGCUUUGAGCAAUCACAGUCUAGCCUCGCAUGGCGUAAAGCGAUCACUGAUGCCGAAUGGGUGCUUGGCGGACGCGCCAUAAUGGUUCUCAUGGCCGACGGCGAUUGGGGAGUAUGGGAUGUUGAAGGGGCUGGCCCCGGGACAGCCAAAGGUCCUCUCCAGCGACAGUCUAGCGUGCAAGGUGUGUCGGGUGGAGCGUUGACUGCAUUUUCAGUUAGCGGGCGUAUCCUCAGUUUUCCAUCUGGAGGAAGAUCGGAGGGCGGUGCACCGGCUGUUGAACAGCGCCCGAAAUUCGCCCCGAUGACCCCUUCAACGAAACGUUUGCGCGAGGAUACCCUACUAAAAGGGAAUGCGACUGGGUCGUCUACUUCAUCGUUGCGCGGCGGUAUCUCUGUAUACCAGACGAAUACAUCGCAGGACGCUCUACCGGAUGAAUCGGUUCUCAUUCGACACGGAAAUCAAAGUGCCACCAUACCCAGCCUCCUGACUCUGUGGCGAAGCGCCGUGAGGGCGACGGGAACCCUGGAUGCAUCCAAUCGUUGCCGGGUAACCCCAAUCCAAGAUAUUGUGCUCAUGGGUGAGCCAUUGAAAGGAAUCGGCCACAUUCCCGCCGCAUUUCGCCAAUCUCGUUCGGAGGACCAGACUUUCGACAUUCUGGUUGCUGCGGAGCAUCGCCUUGUGAUUCUAGCGCCAAAACUGACAGAACCCGAUGCCGACCCUACUCCUCGAGCAUCGGUCACCGAGCCGCUUACAGUUGAAGCAGAUCAACUCCGGCUGCGCCGAGGAGAGCUCGACGUGGACGGGAUGGACCGCUUACUUAGCGGAAUGGCUGGUAGUCGCUCGCUUCGCAUGGGAAGUCCCAUCAAGCGGACGCGGGUUUUUACAUGA